GCAGCUCCUGACCCGGAAUCGGAUCCUGGUCCCGCCCCCUCCGCCAGGCUUCGUUCUGCAACAGGCGUGGGUCACGCUGUCGCUCGCUCUCUUUCUGCCGCCAUCUUGGUUCCGCGUUCCCCGCACAAAAUGCCCGGUGAAGCCACAGAAACCGUCCCUGCUACAGAGCAGGAGUUGCCACAGCCCCAGGCUGAGACAGCUUUGCUUCCUGUGUCUUCAGCCUUGAGUGUCACUGCUGCUUUAGGGCAGCCUAAACCUACCCCUACCCCUACCCCACCUUGUUCCCUGGCCUCCCAACAAUGCCCUCUGGCAACCCCUAACCAGCCUUCCUCAUUCCUUUCUCCCUCUACUAUUGCCUCAACCCCUUUUGAAGCUCCUUUUCCUGAGUCAUCCACUGGGACAGCCCUGCCUUUGGGAGCUGCCCCUCCCCCCGCUGGCACCCCAGCUUUCCUACCAAACCUAAUAGGGCCUCCCAUCUCCCUAGCUGCCUUAGCUCUGGCCUCUCCCAUAAUAACUCCAACUCUGAAAGGUGUUCAUUCCGCUUCAGCUCCCUUGGCUCUGGUGGCCUUGGCUCCCCACUCAGUUCAGAAGAGCUCUGGCUAUCCACCUAACCCUCUUAGUUCACCUCCUUCAGUUGCUGUGAUUGAGUCAGGGUCAGUGACAUCUCUGUCAGCUCCAGUUGCUUCCUCAGAACCAAAGCCCUCUCCUCUUCAAGCUCCCUCUCAAGUAGUCCCUAAUCCAAAAGGUACCCCCAGCUCUCCAGGUAUAGUCAGUGCUGUUACUUCCCAUCUUGUAACUCCUUUGGCCUCUCUUCAGUCUGGACUAGCCUCAUGUCCUCAGAUGCCACCUGCCACUCCCCUAGCCAUCCCUUCCCCUCAGGUCAAAGGCAUCCCUAUUUCCUCAGCUCUGACUUCUCCACAAAACCCUGCAAGCCUCAGCCUAAAGGGACCCCUUAGUCCACCUGCUGCUUUAUCUCUUUCAACUCAGUCUAUUCCUGUGGCUCCUCAUGCCCCCCCAGUUUUCCUCACUUCUCUUGGUUCUCCUGUUCAACCUUCAGGUUCUAAUAUUCUGUCAGAUCCCAUAGAGGAUACUGUUUCUGUAGAUCAUUCUUCCACGGGUACCUCUUACCCUUCUCAGAGAUCUCUAAUUCCUCCCCUUCUUUCCAAAAUUGAGGUGGUUCCUACUGCUGUGGCUGCUUUUCCGGUGGGGGCUCCAACUUCCCCUCUGGCUCUGUCUGCUGACAAAGGCCUCUCUACUAUCACUGACAUAGCCUCCUCCAAUGUAGCUACCUCUUCUCUGUUAUCUCCUACAGCCUCUCUCAUUCUCAAAGACUCUCCUAGUGCUGCUCAUCAGCCUUUGGUGGCCCAGAUUCUCGGUUCUUCUCCAGGGAGGCCAGGCUUGAAAGAAGCUCCUGUUUCUUCUGUUGGAACCACCCCACUUGGGAUGGCUAACUCCUCUACAGUUUCUGCAGCACCUGUUACCUUUGAGGUAGCUGCUUGUGUCUCUCUUCCAGUUUCAUCAGGUCCCAUGAGCAGUAAGGACUCAGUUUCCCAAAUUGCCUUGGUUAUGGCGCCUGUGGCUCCCAAAGAGCUUCCUACUCCUCAGGUAACCACCACUUUGGGAAUACCAGUCUCUCAACCUCUGCCAGCCCCCGAGGACCCCAAAAGUCUCCCUGUUUCACCAGCCCUGGCAGCCCCUAAAAAUCUCCCUUCUCUCCAAAGUACAUCAUCUUCUCUGGAGAUAGCUGUUUCUCCUGAAGCCACCUUAGCAAAGAAAAGCUUCCUAGAGCCUCUCCCUGUAGUUAAGCCAGCCAAUACUACUACCUCUUCUCUGGGGGUCAACUCCCCAACCUUUAUAAUCAAGACAGAUUCUUAUGCAAGCCCAGAUCCAACUAGUGUGCUUCUCAAAAGUUCUCUCACUACCCCAACUGUAACUACAUUUCCUUUGGAAAGCACUGCCAUUGAUGGGAUGGCUCCUACAACUGCCAAAGGUACCUCCCCUCCUACACCUGUAGCCAGUCCUUUUCUAGAAGGAGCUGUCUCUUUAGAUUCUAAAAGCCACCCUGCCAAGAAGAGUACUUCCACUCUUACUACUUUACCUUUGGUCCCUCCAACCUCUGAAAGUUGCCCUGUGGCUCCAGCUGGGACUUUAUCUCCCCAGAAUGUUUCUGCUUCUCCAGCUACUGUGGCACAGGUCCCUGAAAUUCCCAAGUCUGAGUCUUUUCCCCCUCUUCCUCCAGCUGGUACUCCUCAAGGUGCAAAGAAAGUUCAUGAUAUUUCUCAAACUUCAGCAUUGGCACCUGUGGCUUCCUCUCCUGAAGGGUACCCAGCUGAGGACUCUGGGGCUUCUGUUACUGCAUCUUCCAAAGGAACUUACCUAACUGACUCCCCAUCUCCUUUAGGGACUAGUGUGUCUCCUCAAAGCAAAAGAACUCCAACCAAGAAGGGUUCAGCUACUACUACCUUAAGUCUUGCUCCUUCUGUUUCUAAAAGUGUACCUGCUAUCCCUGAUACUCCUGCUGGAAAUCUGUCAUUCACUAUUUCUCCAGUUGAAGCUUCCUCUCUUCCAGAGGCCAAUCUUUCUUUUCAUGUCCAUAAAGGAUCACUAGCCAAGAAGCAUUCCCCUACUCCCCCAUCCCCCAAAGAGGCUCCCAUUCCCCUACCUAUGUCUCCUGCUUCCCCCAAAGCGGGGCCAGCAACCCCAUCCCCUAAAGAAACCCUAACUCCUCCAGCUGUGACUCCUUCCUCCCCCAAAGGAGCCCCAGCAACUCCAUCUCCCAGAGAGUCCCCAGCUACCCCAUCUCUCAAAGAGGCCCCCACUCCCUCAGUUGUGGCUCCUCCUUCCCCCAAAGGGGGACCAGCAACCUCAUUACCUAAAGAGACCCCCACUCCUCUAGCUGUGACUCCUUCCUCCCCCAAAGGACCCCCAACUACCCCACCUCCCAAAGGAGCCCUUACUUCCCCCAAAGGAGACCCAGCAACUCCAUCUCCUGAAGAGCCCCUCACUCCAUCAGCUGCGGCUCCUCCCUCUCCCAAAGGGGGCCCAGCAACCACAUCUCCCAAAAGAGCCCCAGCUACCCCACCUCCAAAGGGGGGCUCCACUCCCCCAGCUGUGGCUCCUCCUUCCCCCAAAGGAGACCCAGCAACUCCAUCUCCCGAAGAGCCCCUCACUCCAUCAGCUGUGGCUCCUCCCUCUCCCAAAGGGGGCCCAGCAACCACAUCUCCCAAAAGAGCCCCAGCAACCCCACCUCCAAAGGGGGGCUCCACUCCCCCAGCUGUGGCUCCUCCUUCCCCCAAAGGAGACCCAGCAACUCCAUCUCCCGAAGAGCCCCUCACUCCGUCAGCUGCGGCUCCUCCCUCUCCCAAAGGGGGCCCAGCAACCACAUCUCCCAAAAGAGCCCCAGCUACCCCACCUCCAAAGGGGGGCUCCACUCCCCCAGCUGUGGCUCCUCCUUCCCCCAAAGGAGACCCAGCAACUCCAUCUCCCGAAGAGCCCCUCACUCCAUCAGCUGCGGCUCCUCCCUCUCCCAAAGGGGGCCCAGCAACCACAUCUCCCAAAAGAGCCCCAGCUACCCCACCUCCAAAGGGGGGCUCCACUCCACCAGCUGUGGCUCCUCCUUCCCCCAAAGGAGACCCAGCAACUCCAUCUCCCGAAGAGGCUCCUGUUCCCUCAGCUCUGACUCCUUCCUCCCUCAAAGGGACUCCAGCCCCCAUAAGAGCUCCAGCUAUCCCACCUCCCAAAGGGGAUUCCACUCCCCCAGCUGUGGCUCCUCCCUCCCCCAAAGGAAGCCCAGCAACUCCAUCUCCCAAAGGAACCUCAGCUACCCCACCUUCCAAAAGAGAUUCCACUCCCCCAGCUAUGGCUCCUCACACCCCCAGAGAGGCCCCAGCAAAUCCACUCAAAGGAGCCUCCACUCCCUCAGCUUUGGCUCCUCCCACAAGAGCCCCAGCUACUUCACCUCUCAAAGGAGACCUUACUCCCCCAUCUGUGGCUCUUCCCUCCCCCAAAAGAACCUCAGCAACUCUGGUCCGCAAAGAGUCUCCAGCAACCCCAGACCCCAAAGAGGUCCCCACUUCCCCAGCCAUGGCUCCUUCCUCCCCCAAAGGGGGCCCAGCAAGUCCAUCUCCCAGAAGAGCCCCAGCUGCCCCAUCUCUCAGAGGAGACCCUACUCCGCCAUCUGUGACUCCUCCCUCCCCAAAAAGAGCCUCAGCAACUCCAGCCCUCAAAGAGGUCCCUACUCCCUCAGCUGUAACUCCUCCCUCCCCCCAAAAGUCUCUAGCCCCCAAAGGGGGGCCAGCAACCUCAUCCUCCAAAGGGGCUCCCACUCCCCCAGCUGUGAUUCCUCCCUCCCCCAAAGAGGCCUGUACUUCCCCAGUUUCAGUCACAUGUCCCUUGGGCUCCACUGCACCUCAGGCAUCUAAAGGGCCCCCAAUAAAGAAAGGCCCCACGGCUCUCAAAGCAGUGCUUGAUGCUCCAGCUCUAGAAAGUGCACCACUCGUCACAGCUCCCACCCAGAAGAAGAGUUCUAUUUCACCUCCUGUGUGCCCAGAUCCCUCAACUCAGAAUGGUACUAAAGGAUCCCUUCCUACAGUGGCUCCAGCUCCUCUACUGACAGUCUGCACUCAGAAAGGUUCUCCAAAGGCUCCAAAAGCCCUCCCUAUUUCUCUUUUAAAGGGCAAAGACUCUUUCCAUUCCCCAAAGGGUCCCUUGGCUCCUCCUGAGUCUGAGACGUCUACCCCUUCAGUAGCAGCUGCCCCAGAGAAGGUCCUUCCUAAAGCUGGAUCUGCAUCUGUCUCUCCAGCACCUACCCCAUCAGUCUCUCUGCCUCUUGCUCCCUCCCCAGUUCCCCCUUUGCUCCCUAAACAGCAAUCUCUGCCGUCCUCACCUGGGCUGGUGCUGGAAUCACCCCGUAAGCCCUCAGCCCCUGCUGAUGAGGAUGAGCUGCCGCCUCUGAUUCCCCCGGAACCAAUCUCGGGGGGAGUGCCUUUCCAGCCGGUCCUCGUCAACAUGCCCACCCCCAAACCUGCUGGGAUCCCUGCCCCAACCCCCUCUGCCAAGCAGCCUGUUCUGAAGAAUAAUAAGGGGUCUGGAACAGAAUCUGAUAGUGAUGAAUCAGUACCAGAGCUUGAGGAACAGGAUUCUACACAGGCAACCACACAACAAGCCCAGCUGGCAGCGGCAGCUGAAAUCGAUGAAGAACCAGUCAGUAAAGCAAAACAGAGCCGGAGUGAAAAGAAGGCACGGAAGGCUAUGUCCAAACUGGGUCUUCGACAGGUUACAGGGGUUACUAGAGUCACUAUCCGGAAAUCUAAGAAUAUCCUUUUUGUCAUCACAAAACCAGAUGUAUACAAGAGCCCAGCUUCAGAUACCUACAUAGUUUUUGGGGAAGCCAAGAUCGAGGAUUUAUCUCAGCAAGCACAGUUAGCAGCUGCUGAGAAAUUCAAAGUUCAAGGUGAAGCUGUCUCAAACAUUCAAGAAAACACACAGACUCCAACUGUACAAGAGGAGAGUGAAGAGGAAGAGGUUGAUGAAACAGGUGUGGAAGUUAAGGACAUAGAAUUGGUCAUGUCACAAGCAAAUGUGUCGAGAGCAAAGGCAGUCCGAGCCCUGAAGAACAACAGUAAUGAUAUUGUAAAUGCUAUUAUGGAAUUAACAAUGUAACCAUCUUGAAAAGAGGACCUUUUUUUGGUGUUUCAAAAGAGUAACUGCAGCUGGGUUUGAAAUUUGUACUGUUUCUAUCAUUAAUAAAGUUAUGGCUUCUUGUUGGAUGAA